CGGGACGCCGGGCAGCGCCUAGUGGGCCGGGCGGCGGCGUCCGGGCGGCGAACGAGGGAGCGCGGGAGGGGCGCGGGGACGGCUCGAGAGCGCCCUGCAACUCCGGCCUGAGCGGCGCCCCGGACCGGCCGGCCUGUCUGUCUCACCAUGCAUCCACCGAGGUAAAGCCUGGACGGCGCCGAGGAGCGCGGAGCGGCGCGCAGCCCGCCCGCCCGAGACGGCCGUCCGGCCUCGCUCCUGCCUACUCCCUCCUGCCCGGAACCCCCCCCUGAAAUAUGUUCAGGGGCGCUUGGAUGUGGCCCGGGAAAGACGCCGCCGCGCUGACUAUCUGCUGCUGCUGCUGCUGCUGGGCUCCCAGGCCAAGCGACAAACCUUGCGCCGACUCUGAGCGGGCGCAGCGAUGGCGACUGUCCCUGGCGUCCCUGCUCUUCUUCACCGUGCUGCUCGCUGACCAUCUGUGGCUGUGCGCGGGGGCCCGGCCCCGGGCCAGGGAGCUGAGCAGCGCCAUGCGGCCGCCCUGGGGGGCCGGCCGUGAGCGGCAGCCGGUGCCGCCUCGAGCGGCGCUGCCGUUGCCGCCGUCGCCCGGCGGAGCUACAGCGUCCCUGGGCACCUGCAGCCCCCGAUACAGCAACCUGACCAAAGCCGCCCCCGCCGCCGGCCCCGGGCCGGUCUGCCGCGACGUCCCAGAACCCACGGGACUGGACGCAGCUUGCACCAAAUUGGAAUCUUUGCAGAGACUUUUCGAACCGACUACCCCGGCCCCUCCUCUACGACCCCCCGGCUCCCCUCCCCGGACCCGGGUCGAGUUCCCCCCCGCCAAAAAAAACUUGCUCAAAGGCCACUUUCGGAACUUCACUCUCUCCUUUUGCGACACCUACACGAUUUGGGACUUGCUGCUGGGCAUGGACCGUCCCGACAGCCUGGACUGCAGUCUGGACACCCUGCUGGGGGACCUGCUGGCCGUGGUGGCCAGCCCGGGCUCCGGGGCCUGGGAGGUAUGUAGCAACUGUAUUGAGGCGUACCAGCGGCUGGACCGACAUGCUCAGGAAAAAUAUGAUGAGUUCGACCUCGUGCUGCAUAAAUACUUACAGGCGGAAGAGUAUUCAAUCCGGUCGUGCACGAAAGGCUGUAAGGCUGUCUACAAGGCCUGGCUGUGUUCAGAAUAUUUCAGCGUGACCCAGCAGGAAUGUGAGCGCUGGGUGCCCUGCAAGCAGUACUGCCUGGAGGUGCAGACCCGGUGCCCCUUUAUCCUCCCUGACAAUGAAGAAAUGGUGUACGGAGGACUCCCUGGAUUUAUCUGUACAGGGUUGCUGGAUACUUCACCAAAGCGGCCAGAAACCAAGUGCUGUGACGUGCAGUGGGUCUCCUGUGAAUCAGAAAAAAAGAAGUUCAAGGAGCCUGAGGCCCCCAAAACCCACCACCAGCAAUUCCAUCACUCCUAUUUCCAUCACUACCACCACCAGUACCACCACUACCACCCCCGCCAUGAACCUUCAGGCCGCGUGAGCCCCAAGCCCUCCCUGCUGACGGUCUCUGGGGGCUCACGCCUCAGCCCCAGCAGGAUCCGGCUCUGUGUCCUUGUGCUCAUGCUCCUCCAUACCAUGGUGUCCUUCUCCAGCAACCAGGGCGGUGGGGGCCUAGGCUUGGAGACACUGCCUGCCCUUGAGGAGGGCCUCACACAGGAAGAGUGACAGUACGGAAGGGAGGACAGAUCUCCACCAUACACUGGCAUCAGCUCCAGCGCCCCCCAGGUGGGGGGAGGGGGCUCCUCUCAUGGGAGAAUGUAGGACUUGGUAGGGGAGCUGGGGGGGGGACAGAAGAGGGAACCACACAUCCCUCCCAGUCUACCCCCCCCAACCAAAAAAUAGCUCCAACACAAUGGCCAGAGGGCCCCAGGGAGCUGCAAAACUCAUCCAGGAGAAAAAGGCAGGAGCAGCAUCAGGUGCCCCCUCCCAAGCCCCCAUCUAUGGGGCUUAGCAAAAAACAAAUAAAUAAAUAAAUAAAACAAAAAAAAUGGGAGGGGGAGCAGGAGCUGGAGAUAUCCACCGCUGCUGAGAGCCCUGAUGCCAGGGGAGGAGGCUGCUCUCUCAGCCUCAGCCCUGCCGGGAAUGUUGGGGGGCACAGAGGGGAGAAGCUCUUUCCCCCCCUCUGCAUUCCUUUUGUUGCCAAGAUCCUUAAUUCCCUCCUGCCCAUAUCCCAACAGGCGACGGCAGACAGUGCAAUGGCCCUCCUGCCACUUCAGCGCACCUUGGCCCACGUGGGGCCACUGCAGGUGAAGCCCCAGGUUGGGUGUGGAGGUGCGCAGUUACAGCUUAGUCUGGGGCCUCAGCUAAGCCCUAUCCCAGCAUCCUAGGCAUUGAGGGAUAAGACUGUAGCACAAAAUGAAUGGUAGAAGAAAGGAAAGCUCGGGAAGGGGGAGAAGAAAGUGGAGAUGUGGAUGUAGUGCUGGGAGAGGUAGCCACAUGGGUCAGGGCUGCCUGGCAUUGAGGAGGUGAAUUAGUGUUGAGUCAGGAUCAAGAACCGCUCUCUGAAUCCGAGCAUCGUGUAAGGCUGUCUCUGGGGAAAGAGCACAGGAACUGAGUUGCUGGGCCUCAGAACAGAAGGCUGAGGGCACAUGGUUGGACUGCCGCUGUCUGAAGGGCCAUAUCUUACAGAAGGUGCACAUACUUCCAAGGGCCGCUCUUGCCCUGGAGAUCUUGGCCUUGGGGCCAAAGACCUUUCCAUUUCCAAUCUCUGUGGGGAGGAGGGACUUAAGCCCAAGUGGGUCAGGCCUGGCCUGGGUCCUCAUACUCCCUUUUGUUGUCCUAGCCCAGGCCUCCAUGAAGGAGAACCUGGUGGCACUCCCCAGGGUUCUCCAGAGAUGAGCCUCCCCUAUCCCUACCUUGUUCCCUUCCCCAGCCUACCAAAGAGUAUUCAUCCCUCCCCAUCCUUGACCCCAUGGGUUACUACCCCAAUUGUGGAACAGACUCCUUCCCACCCUGUAGUGGAUCCCUUGCUCCAGUCACCCCUGCCCUUUCCUGGAGGAAGUCCAGAGACUGGCAGGAGGACCUUUUGCCUAGAGAUAAUGUGUUGUCACCCCUCAGCUGGAAGAUUUGAACCAUAUAGUUAGGUUGGCGGACUGAGUGAGGAGCAGCAUCGAGAGUCUCUUGGGUGUCAUCCGCCUGGCACUGGUCAGCUGGCAACGGGAGACCACAUUGCUGAGGACAUCUAAGAACCGAUGAGGGUGAGUCAGGGAGGGAGCCAGAACUAGUUCCCAGGAAGCUGCCAGGGGCACAAAGGCAUGGGCCCUUCUAGUAUUUGAUGCUAGUGAGUGAAUGUGGGGCGGGGAGGGGGCGGGCAGAGGAGUAGGAGAGCGGACCAGGAGCUGCAUGAGAGUGAAGACAGGAAGGGGACCCCAGGAGAAGAGACAACUGACCCUGAUUGACUUAGUAAUGAAUGGGAGGCCUCCCUAGUGAAGAAGAAGUUGCUCAAAGGACCUAGGUUAGGUCCCAGAUAGAGUCUACAAGAUGGGGGAUGUCCUUCUCUGCCAGUUUUCUCAGUUUCUCACAACCUGUCCCCUGCCCCCCCCAUUCCCAUGUCCCACCCCUGCCCCUGUUUGGCCCUCAGUACUGUGGGCCUGGCCACAUACCCCACCCCUAGACUGCUCUUUGCAGCUGGGGAGGGGAAGAGGUGCUGGCUCCUUUCCAGGUGUGCUUACAUGUAAGUGAAGGGGCAGGUGCUUGGUCUAGAGAGACCCUAGGUACCGCCUUCUAACUCCUGCAUCCUCAGGAGGGGGAGAGGGACUGGGAAGUAAAGGGGGACCACACGGCUCCAGAGAAAAAGAUCCUUGGAGACUCCCAUCCUCUCGUCCCCUUCACCAAGUGCCCAGGAGACCCCUGGCUCAGACCAGCCCAUGGCCUUGCCCAGUGGCAGGGGAAAGGGGCACCACACUCCACCUCAGAGUCAUUUGACUGCCCAAUCCACCAAACCCCCUCCCCACCCUGAUAUCCCGCCACCUCUCCGGCUGCCCCUGCCCUCCAUCGCAGGCAGCAGAGCCGGGCAGCUUUCUUAUGCCAUUUUCUACACUGUGCUUCAUGAGUAGGACUUUCUUGCACUAGUUCCUAUGACUGAGUCUCCAAGCUGGUUUCCUAGUAGUCCCCCACCCCUUCCUCACUUACCCAGCUAUGAUUCAGUUGUCUCUGCCCUUCCCCCUCACCCCUUAUCCCCGCCUCUGUGUUUCAGUGAGAGUCUCUGUAUGUGCGCUGCUUUCUGUUUUGUUGCAUUGUGGAGCAGAGGCUUCUCUGCUCUUGUUUAACCCCAUACAGAAAUAAAUGGUAAGACUUGAUGAUAA